UCUUGUUCCAAGGCCUCAUCAUCAGCAGCAGCAGAGAUGUAGGGCACCACGGAUGGCUCCUACUCAGCGUGGUCGCAAACGCCACCUGUCACAAAGCAACAAGAUUCAUCCACGCAUACAAGCACCAGGUGCUGAAGCAACUGCAAAGCAGCCGGCUGGAAGGCUACGGGCGGUGUUUCGGUGUCCAACUCGGCACGCGCGAUGGCUGGCACCAGUACGUCUUCAACGCAAUGCCGUCGCCGAUAGCUGAGGCACACGGCGCGGGCUGUAGCCGCCGGCGUUGCUCCAUUUCGACGGCGUCCGGUCUCGCCUGUCAUGCUUGGAGCCACGCAACCAAAGCACAGCGCCCCGGAUCGCUCGCUCUGAAACUGUGGAACGGGUUCACUCAUCUGUGACGCAGUGCUGCCGGGGCCCGUGAGCGCAGCAGCAGGACGUACAGUGUAUGCAUCUUCCGAAAAUGGCGUCGGCGAGAUAUCCACGAAAAGCCAGCGUCGGGGUUGCCAGCUUCAUAGCAGCCAUGGGCCUGGCUUUCGUCUCUCUAACGGGCGCUGACGAAAUUGCUGUGGUGUCUCUAAUUACGCCGACCGACCGUCCUGUCCAGUUGUGCUUGUCGUACUACCCAGAGUUCAAAGAACUGCCGGAUGGUCAAGACGCUGCGGAGGUGCUCCACGUGAUAAGUUUUACACGCCAGAGCAGUUGUGAGAAGCCGUACGGAAUUGACCUCAAGGAAAAGGAUGACAUUACUGUCACGAAGACGUCUUCGUCUGUGACGGACCUGGUGCUCGUAUUUGCAUCAAACAAAUCGGCUCAGUUGCUUGAGAAACUCAUGAUACCGAAGCAGCCAUUUCCGGCGAAAUUGUUCACCAAGGCCUUGGAACUAGACCCUGGCCUGUUCGUAAUGUGGUUCCUCGCAGUCUUCUCGGUUGGAAUUGGUUCAUACUGGUCGGGAAACAUCAGGCAUCAGGUGUACUUGUGCGAGGUGGACAAGCGUCAAGAAGCGGCGACGCGCCGUCGGCGGCUCUCGAGCACCGGCAGCGUGGCCAGCCGGCGGCCCAGCCGGCCGCAAGGCAUGAAUGUCAUCGAGGAAGAGAGCUCGCUCGAUAUCUCGCCCGUCUGGGUGCUGUCCUUCGUCGUCUUCAUGGCCACCAUGCUCGUCGUCCUGUACCUCUUCAUCAGAUACCUCGUUUAUUUCAUUAACGGCAUGUUCGCGCUGUCUUCGGCCGUCGCCAUUCUCGGUGUUCUGGAGCCGCUGGUUUACAAGAUGCCCUGUGGCACCGGCAGGCUUCCGGAUGGCGCGGUACCUUGCUUCCAUGGUUCACUUGAGAUCCGGCAGGCGCUGGUGCUGCUCGCGUCCGUCAUCGUGCCCGCUCUCUGGGUCUACUGGAGGCACCACCCGCUCUCGUGGAUAAUGCAGGACGGGCUGGGCGUCUGCUUCAGCGUAUACAUAUUGCGCGUGCUCCGAAUGCCCAACCUAAAGAUAUGCACGCUGCUUCUGUCGAUUCUAUUCUUCUAUGAUAUAUUUUUCGUAUUUCUUACGCCUCAUCUGAUUCCGGCGAAAAUUACUCACAAUUCAACGAUGAGCUUCGUAAAUGCCUCGGGGAAAGGCGACAGUAUCAUGGUUGAAGUGGCCCGCGGAGGGGGCUCAAAGGAGCAGAUACCGAUGAUGAUGCGAGUUCCGCGGUUCGGAAACAAAGAGAUCUCCGCAUGUCUCAACACCUACUCUCUUCUCGGCUUCGGAGACAUUCUCGUUCCCGGCCUUCUGCUCGCGUUUCUGCGCGGCUUCGACCUCAUCAAUGUCGGUGGGUGCAUGUACUUCCCUGUGGCCUUGAUAUCCUACGGCUUAGGCCUUCUUGCGACGUUCGCCGGCCUCUACCUGAUGCGCCUGGCCCAGCCUGCGCUUUUGUACCUCGUGCCAUUCACAGUGCUGCCGACACUGCUCAUUGCGCGGUGUAGGGGUGAGUUCGACGACAUCUGGAACGGAAAGACGCCCGAGGAGCCCGGCCUGUCGGAGAGCGACGCUUCGUACCCGGACAUCCUCGCGGAGGACCACAUCAAACCAACCGACCCUAAAAACCUGGUGGCUCAACCCGUGCAGCCGGCGUUCCAACCGGCAGGAUCAUAUGGAAUCACCUUAGCGGGACCCGCGUCACAGCAGCUCACUCCGGAGAAAUUCCUCUAG